UACGAGCCGUGCUGUGAGCUAGUACCGGGAGCGGGGAGCGCUAUGGCCUCUGGCGCCAAGUCCUUCCUGGCGGACGCGGGCUACGGCGAGCAAGAGCUGGACGCUAACUCCGCCCUCAUGGAGCUGGACAAAGGCCUCAGGUCUGGAAAACUUGGGGAGCAAUGUGAAGCUGUUGUCCGUUUUCCCAGGCUCUUUCAGAAAUAUCCAUUCCCGAUUCUCAUUAAUUCUGCAUUCCUAAAGCUGGCUGAUGUUUUCAGAGUUGGAAGUGUGUGUGUGUGUGUGUGUAAUGUACUGUAUACAUCUUCCAAUAGAAACAACUUCUUGAGGCUAUGUGUCCUGAAAGUCACUCAGCAGAGUGAAAAGCAUUUAGAGAAGAUCCUGAAUGUGGAUGAGUUUGUGAAAAGAGUUUUCUCUGUAAUUCAUAGCAAUGAUCCAGUUGCUCGAGCAAUCACACUCAGGAUGUUGGGGAGUAUGGCAUCCAUAAUCCCAGAAAGGAAGAAUGCACAUCACAGUAUUCGCCAGAGCCUGGAUUCCCAUGAUAAUGUUGAGGUCGAAGCUGCUAUAUUUGCUGCUGCUAACUUUUCUGCACAGUCAAAGGAUUUUGCUGGAGGAAUAUGUAACAAAAUCAGUGAAAUGAUUCAGGGCUUAGCCACGCCAGUGGACUUGAAGCUGAAGUUGAUCCCCAUACUACAGCACAUGCACCAUGAUGCCAGCCUGGCGUCUAGCUCCCGUCAACUUCUCCAACAGCUGGUAACAUCCUAUCCUUCCACCAAGAUGGUCAUUGUUACUCUCCACACCUUUACUUUGCUUGCUGCUUCCUCUUUGGUGGACAUACCCAAACAGAUUCAGCUUUUGCUGCAAUACUUGAAAAAUGACCCCAGGAAAGCUGUGAAAAGACUUGCUAUCCAAGAUCUAAAGUUAUUGGCAAACAAAACCCCACAUACAUGGAGCAGAGAAAACAUUCAGGCACUCUGUGAAUGUGCUCUUCAAACUCCUUAUGACAGCUUGAAACUAGGCAUGCUAUCUGUCCUUGCCACACUGUCAGGAACUAUUGCCAUCAAACAGUACUUCAGCAUAGCUCCAGGAACAACAGCUACAACAGCAAGAUCAUUUGACUUAGUAAAGCUGGCACAGGAAUGCUGUUACCAUAAUAACCGUGGCAUUGCUGCUCAUGGUGUGAGAGUUCUGACUAAUAUAUCUGCUUCUUGCCAAGAAAAAGAUCUCCUGGUUUUGGAGCAAGAUGCGGUCUUUGGCCUUGAGUCUCUUUUAGUUCUUUGUAGCCAAGAUAGCAGUCCUGGUGCUCAAGCAACCUUAAAGAUUGCACUAACUUGUAUGGUGAAGCUGGCCAAGUGUCGUCCCCAUCUGAGCCAAUCAGUGGUUGAGUCCUUGCUGACACAGUUGCACAGUGCUCAGGAUGCUUCUAGAAUUCUCAUGUGCCACUGUUUAGCGGCAAUUGCAAUGCAGCUGCCUGUUUUAGGUGAUGGCAUGCUGGGAGACCUAAUGGACCUCUAUAAAGUGAUUGGACGAUCUGCUACAGAUAAACAACAAGAACUUUUGGUAUCCCUCGCCACAGUGAUAUUUGUUGCCAGUCAAAAAGCUUUAUCUUCUGAAGUUAAAAAUGUUAUCAAACAACAGCUUGAGAAUGUCUCCAACGGAUGGACAGCAUACAGGAUAGCCAGGCAGGCCUCCAGAAUGGGUAAUCAUGACAUGGCCAGAGAGCUGUAUCAAAGCCUGCUGACUCAAGUUGCUUCAGAACACUUCUACUUUUGGCUGAACAGUUUGAAGGAAUUUUCCCAUGCAGAGCAGUGUCUGACGGGGCUUCAAGAGGAAGAUUAUAGUUCAGCACUCUCUUGCAUUGCUGAAUCUUUAAAAUCUUAUCACAAAGGGAUAGCAUCACUAACGGCUGCCAGCACACCACUUAACCCUCUGAACUUUCAAUGUGGGUUUGUCAAGCUCAGGAUUGACCUUCUGCAGGCUUUCUCUCAACUCAUCUGCACCUGUAACAGCCUAAAAACUAGUCCACCACCUGCCAUUGCCACAACAAUUGCAAUGACAUCAGGAAAUGACCUCCAGAGAUGUGGGCGCAUCUCUACCCAGAUGAAACUCUCUAUGGAAGAAUUUCGUAACCUGGCUACACGAUAUGGGGAUCUGUAUCAGUCAUCUUUCGAUGCAGACUCGGCAACUUUAAGGAAUGUAGAAUUACAACAGCAGAGCUGCCUGUUGAUUUCGCAUGCAGUUGAAGCCCUGAUUUUGGAUCCAGAAUCUGCAAGUUUCCAGGAGUACACCUUGAGUGGAGCUGCACAUGUUGAGAGUGAAUAUGAAAGAAGAAUGAUGUCUGUAUUUAAUCAUGUGUUGGAGGAAGUGGAAUCACUGAACAGGAAAUAUGCUCCUGUCUCUUACUUGCACACAGCUUGCCUGUGCAAUGCAGUCAUCGCCUUGCUGAAAGUUCCCCUUUCGUUUCAAAGGUAUUUUUUUCAGAAAUUGCAAUCUACAAGUAUUAAGCUCGCUCUGUCACCAUCUCCCCGGAACCCUGCGGAGCCCAUUGCAGUACAAAACAAUCAACAGCUGGCCUUAAAGGUGGAGGGAGUGGUUCAGCAUGGCUCCAAACCAGGUCUCUUCCGCAAAAUUCAGUCUGUCUGUCUAAACGUAUCGUCAACACUGCAGAGCAAGUCUGGACAGGACUACAAGAUCCCCAUUGACAGCAUGACCAAUGAGAUGGAGCAGAGGGUGGAACCACACAACGAUUAUUUCAGCACUCAGUUUUUGUUGAACUUGGUGAUUCUUGGCACCCAUAACAUCACAGUAGAGUCGUCUGUAAAAGACUUAAAUGGUAUUGUUUGGAAGACGGGGCCCAAAACCACCAUUUUUGUUAAAUCUCUUGAGGAUCCCUACUCCCAACAGGUUCGCCUUCAACAACAGCAAGGACAGCCACCUUCGCAGCAGCAACAGCAGCAGCAAAGAACAGCAUACUCGCGUUUUUAGUCAUCAAAAGUGCUAUUAAUUUUCAGGGGGCUAGACUACAGGCAUCUCACUUUGCUUGGAUACAAUGUCUUUUGGAGACAUUUAAACUCUUUGGUGGUCCCACCAAUUUCCUCCUCCGUUCUUAAUGCCGUUAUUGUUGCACUUAAACUAGUCAUGUGAACCACACUGAGGCUAUGUCCACGGUACAAGCUAUAAGGUUGUGAUUCCCAUCUUGUAUACAUACAUUCACGCUAACUUGAUAAGAGCUAGCAUGAGAGUAAAUAGUAGUGUAGCCAUGGUAGCAUGGUUUAACCAUACCGAGUACAAACCAUGGGUGUGUACUCAGGAUGGCUUAGCAUUACUGUGGCUACGCUGCUAUUUCUACUCACGCUGCACCUAUCACUGCAAAUAUGUCUACACAAGCUGGGAAUCGCACCCAUUGGUCGUGUAGACAGCUUCAGUCCUGGUGUAAAUAGGUACAACUUGGGUUAAGUCUGGAGUUCCAUUUUUUUAUAGUAGGUCUACAAUUUGUUCCCCCAGCUGUAUGUUCUCCAGAACCAAUGGCAGCAGUGCUUUAUGAAAUUAGCCAGUAGGGGAGACUGUGAGUUGUGUGGAUAGAACCUUUCUUGGUAACCUAGGAUAUCAACUCUGCCAUUUCCUGAGGAGCAUACGUUCUGGUGUUUGGGCUCUCAGGCCACCUGCUAACAGCCUGGACAGUUCAAUACCAAACAAAACAGUGUUACAUAAGGUGGGUGUCUUGUAAUGUGAAGCUGUUGGCAAGACUGUCCGGACAUCAUACUGGGUGAUGAUAGUAGUAAUUCUGGUAUUUGUGAUGCUGAAGAAUAUUGUGGUACCAUUUCAGCCAACAGCGUUGUAAUUAAUGUGCACACAGACCUGUCUUUGCUCAUUCUCUUGCCUCUGUAUUCACUUGUCCUGAAGAGAUGCCACCUGGAGAACAGAGAAAUUACUUUUCAAGGGGAAGUGAAGUUUCAGUGAUGGGAACAAAUGAUUGGUUGUGCCUCCUCAAACAGGAGGAUAGAAAUGGCUUUUUUGUUUCAUCUUUAUCUGCCUUUGCCAGGCUUUAUUUACUUUUAAUUUUUUUAAAAGAGGAAAGGUUAAUUUGUAAAUCUGUUUAAUGUUUAACGUUUAUAAGUAGGGGACUAUUAAAUGCCAAAGCUCUGGUGCCUAGUCGGUA